CAGCCAGCCGCGCCGUACGGACCGCCUCAGCUAAGGACAUUAUGUCUCGCCGUGGAGGUGACACUGUCUGGCGCUGCCCGACGAGCAAGGCGAUCUUCUGCUGUCUUCUCGUUGUGGCGAUAGUCCUGGUCGCCGCUCUCUGGCUCCAAUACCGUGGCGGGCAGGGGAUGCCCGGGCGACCGGCGGGGCUCCCGGCCGAAGACGGCCUGCAGGCGUGCGACUGCGUCUGGCGCAUCGGCUGCCCGCGCUUCGACUGGCAGGUCAACCUGACCACGCCAGGCCACACCUGCGGCUUCGAGAACAUGACGAGCAGCCUGGUGGAUGAGUGCCUGGCGGGCCGGUGGCGGCAGCGCGGCCGCCCCCUCCGGCUACGACUGGUCGGCCACGUGCGCGAGGCAUACCUGGCUGAGUAUGUGCGCCGCCGGCUUGGCGCCACGCCCGUCAGAGAGGGCUGCCGCCUGGAUAGCGCCGGGCCCGCCGCCAAGGGCGUCGACGGCGUACCGGAACUGCAUAACGUCGUCCGGCCGCUAGAUGGCAGUGAAACGUGCGAGAUGGUCUACGCGACAGACGUCAUACGACUGGAGUACAAGCUGCUCGGUCUGCUGGGUGACGACAUAUUCAGCUACAUUGGCCGCCUGAAGCGGGAGUGUGUGGAAGAAGGCUGCGACGGUGACCUGCUCAUCAUCUCGGGUGGUGUAGCGGAGCUGCUCAACUCCACACUUAUGGAGAGCUUCUCCGGUGUCAGGCGGUUCCAGUCGCACUUCAAGCGGUUGCUGCCCCUGCUGAACGAGCUGGUCACCUUGCACCACCUGAAAGUGGUGUGGAAAAUCCACGAGCCGGUAACCGACGAACUGAUUGCUGAAGACUCCAUGGUGCGGAACGACUUGCUGCAGGAGUACAACGCGCUCAUCAUGGAGCAGACGGUACGGAGUCCGGUGCGCGCGUGGACGUCGCAUAUGCUGAUGAAGCUGCGCCACAUCGAGGAGUGCGCCCCGUUCGCCGACGACUCGCAGGUCAACUCUGACGAAUGGCGGUGUGAGGACCAGUGGGUGGCUGGCGACCGCUGCCACAGACGGUACUUCGACGCCAUCUUCAACAGACUCUGCGAAAAAAUGGUUAAGAUGCCGGAGAACCCCUGCUGCAGCGCCUGAAAUGGACAGGGCAGAGGCGACUCCACUUUGAUGAAGUGAGCAUCGAGUUCUGUGGCCGCUGCAAGCGGGAUGCGGCCAGAAGUGGCGACCGCAGGGAGGAGCGGUAGGGAGGCGUCUGGAUUUGCGGUAGAUAUUGUCUCAACCUCGCGUCGUACGGAUUCAUAGAUAAGACAGUAGUAUUAACCUUAUUCCUCGGGAAGGCCAGAAGAAUAGAGAUAUAGUUAGGUUGAUAUUUCGGCAUCAUGCCUUUCUCGAAACCAUAGCAGAAGUGAAUUACUGAUAUAGUUGACUCACAUUUUAUAUGACUUCUGCUAUUGUUUCGAGAAAGGCAUGUUGCCGAAAUAUCAACCUAGCUAUACUCUAUUCUCUUGUUUUUUUCCGAGGAAUAAGGCUAAUACUACUGUCUUAUCUAUGUGACUAAUGUUUCUCGCUAAUGCACUGAACAGCUUUGGUACAGAUUCACUCGGCUUUUGCUAUUGUCGGGCUCAAUAUGUCUUUGGCCAUUGUAGUCAAUAAGAUGUGAGGCUAGAAAAGUUUUCUCGGUUGCCAGAUUACAGAAUUAUGGCGAAUAUUGUCCUGGUAAAUAAUUGAGCCCAAUCCUCACGGGAUGAGGCUACAGCUUCAUAAAGGCCUCGUCCUUGGCUACGCUCCUGAAUGCUCACGAUUAGGUCAGUGUAGAUCUGUUUUAUACACAUUUUAUACGACACGCGACAACAUGCACAAAUAACUCUCUUUAGAUAUGGAAAAGUUAUAGGUUAUGGCCACCGAGCACAAAGAGCUUGCACUGACGAUAUAUUGAAGCAACAUUUACCAAAAUGGAGCGUAAAAGCAGAUGAAUAUUUUAUCUGUGUUCGUCCAUGGUAGAUCGGGUAACCUAUGUAAGACGGUCAGGGUGGUAUGUAAGUGUUGUCAUUGAUCACAAAUGUAAGAUCACCGAGGAACCAAUUGGUCGGUUGUUGUAUCACGGAAAUAUGGGAUAUUACGAAUCAAAUGGUCUUAUGUUGAGUUAGCGACCUUCAGUACACCUGAAGGUACUCGCUAAACGAAGCUGCAAUGCUGAAUAACGAUUAAAUUGACAUUAUCCAAUAUUUUGAGCUGUGUCAACCCUAACGAGUAACCAAGGCAACUCAUUCUAGGUAACGCUCUCCGGACCAUUUAACUCACGCAGUUGAAGGGCGGGGCAGAGUCCACCCCCUCGUGUACCUGCAAAUGAAACCCCAGCGCGUCGUUUAUAAGCAAAGAAGAGAGUUGACCGGAAAAUGUAAAGUUACGGACUGCCAAAGCCACAACUCAGCCGGUGUCUGAGCGUUUGAGACGUGCUGUAAUGUGUUAUAACGUUAAUAAGGUCCCGCUGAGUCACCGGAAGUAAUUUCAGGUCGAGUUCGGGUUAGGUCAGUGGGAUCAAUCUAGGUCAACCUCAUGGUUGUUGCAAGAAUGGAUGCUGAUAAGUCAAUCAUGUCGCUUUGCCGAGUUGUUCCCAGACGUACUGGCAGCUCGUGUCUUUCGCUCCCGUGGAGCAAAGCAUUUGUAUAUUUCAUUCAUUGCUCCUCGUGCACUCCAGCGGAUUCUUCAGAAAGUCGACUGCGCCCGGCUGGUCAGCCCGUCGGCCGACAGACCGUUCCAAUCUGUAGCCACGGUAAGGGCAAUGCUGCAUUUUGAUUGCAUCUCAUUUGACCGUGAAAAUGUAAGCCUAAGGUCAUGUUUUUCCACAACACGGUUUUUUUCUAAUCGGACUCAUUCGGCCAGUCCAGGCCAGCCUAUCGUUCCACUGC